AUGCUUUCUCCGACAGUCAAAACGACUGAACUGCUGACCCAACCAGCCAACACGAAUGUGACUGCGUUUUUGCAAUCGACAGUAGAGUACGAUGUUGUAAGACUUGUAGUCAAUAACAUCUCUACACGGAUAGUAGAGGCAAGUGCACAACUUCCCACAGACGACCAUUGUAAGUGGGUGAUGGAAGUUAUUGGCAAAGGGUUAUCCUUCCCAUACAGCGAAAUAGAAACGAUUUCAACGUGCUUAGGAAUCUACGAGAAUUGGUUUAGUGAAGAGAUGGACACCCCACAACCAAUUAAAGCUAACACCAAACACUACACUGAGAUAUUCUUAGGCCAAAUGAGUAUGUUAUACACUCGAAGAGUUGACCCGUGUUCCCCACAAACCCUUAUUAAAUACGCCGAGUUGUGUUUAAGAGGGUUAGUCGCAUUGCGCAAAGUGAGUGAAAGAGUGAGCGACCCCGAGACUCUUCGUCGCCUUGUAGUUGUUUUAAUGGGGUCUAUAGAUGAUGUCUGUGGACCUGAUGACAACUUGUGUACCCAACUUCCGAUGUCGAAAGUGGUUGAUGUUGGCAUAGUCAUCUUAUAUCAACAGUUCACCCGUCUUGGGACGACUGAGGCGAACAUCUGGAACUUCUUCAUGAGGAGACACUCCAUUUGGGUCCGAAUCAAUGAAGUUGCGACGAAUUGGGCACGUUAUGUGAUGCUCAUUCAAACGGCGUUGUUCAAGUGGUUAUAUUCCGAAGUUGGUGGAGACACUGUCGAAGUGUUUGUGACAUUCAAUAAGACCACUGUGCAAACCACUUUUAAGAAGACGUAUGCGUUCCGAUUUUGGUUACGUGUGUUGCAUUUAGUAGGAAACUUGACAUUGAUUCAAGACAAUAAGGUCUUUUGUGUCGUCCAACAAGGCAUUAACGAGUUAAUUCUUGACAUCAUUAAUUUCCAGAGUAAACAACCGUUGCCGAAUGGAAAUGAUAUAUUGAAUAUCUUCAUCGACGCUUUGUAUCAACCAAUACACUUCUUGGACCAUAACAAAUACAGUGAAGGGAUCAUCGUCAUAGUCAAAUCGACGACUCAAAUCGUUCGCAAGUUACUCGAAACAACUAUAUUUGAAACUAAACACAACGUCAAGUUACUCAAAAUCUUCCAAUGUGCCUUAUUGAGUGCUAACAUGAAUGUGGUCGAAGCAGCUGUUCAACUCACUGCCGGAUUUUUCAAUGAAAAGACACCGACAUUUGCGUUGUUAUAUCCAGCACUGAACGUUGCUAUUAAUCAAUGUGUGAGUAAGUCACAACCGAACUUCAAAGAGUGUGCUAUUAAACUUAUAGAAGAGGUCCAACUGUCGAUUGGCAGAGAGCGGUUGAAGUACGAGAUCCCACACCUUGGUGGGAACAAUGACGUAAUAACCUUUGCCGAUGUGAAACAGAAGUUAGUUGACGAUGCUUUGCAAGCGUUUGAGAAUGAAAGUAAGUCGGACAUCUUGAAGUUACUGAUUGGAGUCUUCUCACGAUUUGUAAUGGACGCUGUUGAGACGGGGAAUGUCACAGAAAUGAUCGCGAAGGUCAUCAAAUGCUUUACUCAAACGAAUAGUCAAUUGACUCUUUUACUGACUACAGAGUGUAACGACCUCAUUAACUUCCUCGAAACCCUUAUUGAGUAUUCCUCAUUCUGUGAAAACCCACCGAAUGCGUUAUACCCCCUCUUCAAUUUCUUACUCACGUUUAUUGAUAAUAAGAAACAAGACGCGCCAUGUUAUAACUAUGGGGCACUUGUCAAUACCUUUGUAAAGAUCUAUACCUGCUGCUUUGAAAUUAUCGAACCGACCGUCUUCACGAAAUGUAAUCAAACUUUGGCAGUCUUGGCGAGAAAUAUCACGCUGGAAAGACUCCCACAAAUAGAAACGUUCUUCGACGCAAGACUCGCAAACUGUUUUGAUGACUACGUCUUGCCUAUUAUGACUCUGCAAACAGCAAUCGACGAAGUGCAAAUCAGAAAGUCGUUUGUGUUGAAUGGAAAUGACUCCUUUGAAGACUACAUCCACAUUUACUCACAAAAUUGCCAAAUUCUGACAUUCAUUGAAAUUCCUUGGGCAAACAACAAACACACAAAUGGCGUGAUCUGCAUUUCUCGAACACAAUAUGGCAAGAAAUGCUUCUUCUUUAGAUAUGUCCCAGACGCAGAUAAUGAAGAUUGGGGACUUUUCUUGUCAGAGACAGCACCAGUACUCUCCGAGCAAACACCUUUGGCCAUUACGGAAACAGACUGGAAAUUAGAAACUCCAGUGAAUGUAGCAGACUUAGUGACAAGUGCGGAAGAAGACGUCAAAACGAUAGAGAACAGUGAUGCACGACUGAAAGCGCCACUUGUCAUCACACAAGAAUUCUUAAGGAAGAAUCGAACACUAAGUAAGAGUGGGAUGACUCGUCUGUUAUUACGUAUGUUGGACAUCACACACAUCACAAACCCAUUUAAAACUACACAACCAACAAACGCUAUAUAUAGUGUAUUGCAUGAGUUAGAUAACAUGUCUACAAAGAAUAAAGUGUUGGUCGACAUCACAUGUGAAACGGGUGCUACUAAAGAAUUUGUUUCGUUUGUCAAUCGACUGGGAGAUGUCAUUAUAACGGACGUAUCCAAAAUCAUGAAAUACGAAGAUGACACCGUCGAAAUGGUCUUCUCGACACCUUUGAUUACAAAGCCUCGUGAAGCUUUAGUCCCUCUUGUCCACGUUGUCUGGAAUGGUACUGAGAAACCUAAUGAUGAAACGACGAUUUCUAUUCUUCCUACAACUUCCGAUUUGUAUGUCUUGGACAGCAUUACAACGGAUGUGCCAUCACAAAAAUUGGUCCAUCUGUCGGUGUUGCCUUUGGUGAUCCACGCGAUGAUCAUGAGAUUGGUGAGAAAGACCAUCUUACCGUUGAACCCGAUUAUUGCUCGGAAAGACAAAAUUGUCGCAUUCCACGAGAAGACGUGCGACGUACAAGCGUUUGUCGACGUCCUCUUUACUCGAAGCUGGAUGAAUAAAAUGCAGAACCAAAACUUUGAACCAAAAACACUGUUCAAUGUCAGUGUCCCCGAAAUCGACUUACCAGAUCCCAUUAAAGUCACUGUUAUCGAGCCCGUCGAACAAAAAGUCGAGACGCCAAAGAAACGCAAUUCGUUGGAAGAGAAGUCGAUAGCAAAGAAACACAAGAGUCUGUGGAACAGAAAGAGCUCUGCAAAUUUGAAAGAAGAAAAACAAAAGGAGAAAGAGGAGAAACAACGAGAGAAGGAGAAAGAAAAGGAAGAGAAACAAAGCGCUAAAGAAGUUAAAGAAGCUAAAGGAAAAGAUGAAGGAAGUUCUUUAAUACAACAACGCUCUCACACCCCAGCUAUGACAGAGAGAUCUCCUUCACCAUCUCCAAGAGGCGAAAGAAAGAAGACCACAUUCACUGGACUUUUCAAGAAGAAAGAUCCAAAGAAGUGA